AUGGCUUAUUCGGAUGACGCUGUCAAAGCCAAGCUCUCUGCACUUAAUGAGACUCAAGAAGGCAUUGUCACAGUCGCGCAAUGGGUCAUGUUCCAUAGGCGACACGCAGACCGGACAGCGCAGCUUUGGUUGCAGAAGUUGCGCGAAUCGCCCGCCCCAAAGCGAUUGAAUCUAAUUUACCUCGCGAACGAGGUUGCGCAACAAUCACGCGCGCGGCGCAAGGAAGAUUUCCUCGUCGCGUUCUCUCCGAUCAUCGCAGAGGCUACGGCUACCGCCUACAAGGGUUCCUCGAACGACAUCCAACAGAAGCUGCGACGGGUGAUAGAGGUGUGGAGAGCACGUGCAAUCUUUGAACCUUCGGUUCAGGAUGCCGUGGAGGCGCGGGUAGAUGAGAUUGACAAAUCGCGUUCUACCGGCAAGAAGCCGCCAUUGGGAGGAUCACUCUUCUCGACCUCGUCCGGUUCUACCCCGUCUGAGCUACAGCCGUUGGUCCCUUUGCAGGUAGCCCUUUCGAAGGCUACUAUGACUUCGACUGCAUCCGCUACUGCUGCCAAUGCAGAGUACGAUAAGCUACACGAUCCCAAGAACCCGUUGCCUAGCCCUCCGGUGCAUGCUGCACGCCUCAGUCAACUAUUGAAGGCUUUGGCGAACGCUGAGAGCUCAGUCUCGGAAGUAAUCAAGUCACGGUUGGCACUAAUUGAUGGUCUCGAGAAACUCUUGGAGACCAAUCGCUCGGCUUUGUCGAGGGAGCAGAGGUUGGCCGCGCAGCUCGGGGAACGAAAGACCGAGACCGAGGCGACCAAGAGGGAGGUUGAGGAUGGCAUCAUGCGAGGUCUGUCGGCGGAGAACCCCCCUGCCGUCAAUCAUGGGGAUCUCGGACUAGGAGGGGACGCAAGUGUCCCUCGCCCUGAGGUCGAAGCUCUGACUCCUCCGCCUGUCGAGGCCCUGACACCGGUUGGCUCUCCGAAACAAGUCCCGCAGGAGACAAUCCCGGGCCUCACGAACGAGCCUCAGAUUUUCGGCGGUUUCACUCUCCCAGGCAUCGAGCAUCCCCUCGACUCAUCUUACCCCACAUCAGAUCUGACCUCUGCGGCCUUUGAUGCUUCCAAUGGACUUCAUGCCAAGAAGCGCAAGGUCACUCAUGAAGAAGAGGACUAUGCUCAAUUCGCAAGUGGUGACCUGGAUGCUGAUGUUGCCGAGCUCUUGAAACAGGAAGGUGACGCUCACAAUUAA